AUGGAUGACAAACACCGAGAUAUCUUGCGACGAAACUGGUCUACACUCAGAAGGGAUCUGGAGCCAGUGAAGUUGUUACCUCACUUGGUGAACGUCUUAGACGUCACAGAUGAGCAAGAAAUUAAAGUGAGAGCUACUCGAGAAGAUGCGAGUGAUAAGCUGAUAGAAAUUCUACCCAGGAGAGGGCCAAAGGCGUUUGAAGACUUUGUAAAAGCAUUGCAGGAAGUCCAGCCACAUUUAGCCUCUCCGUUAGUUCAGCAAUCAGGUAAAAAUAUUUUCUCUCAGACGUUGUUCUGUCCUAAUUAUAGGGGUUUACUGAUCAUAAAAAAAGGGAAAAUCUAUGUUAAAACAGGAGCCAGGUUGUUAUACUUGAUUCAAAAACGACUAUCACAUUUAUCUUCCUCUACGAGGCUUCAUAGACCUUUUACUGAUGGGGUGCAAACUGUACGGGGACCCUUGCAAGAUUUAGUUUUGGACAGGAACUGAUCCCCCUGCGAUUCAAGAAGGAAUUUAUCAUGGAUCCCCUUCCAUGCAUUUAAUAAAAGCUCAUGAACAAUCAUGAUGCUUGAUUUCAUACUACCGGUAGCUGGUAAUGUAACGAAGCCGUACCCUUACUGAUCUUCUCCCGUAUUGGUUUUAUUGUGUUCAGAGGAAGGUAAAUGAACGAAAAUUUUAAAAAAAGUUCGUCACCAGUCAGAGCUUUUGGAACCUGACGAGAUUCAUAUUACAUGAAAGAUGGCAAUGAUAUUUUGCCUGAUUUUGGUGGUGAGGCUGCAAAAUCACCCUGUACAUAGGCAGGGUAGGUAAAUAAACCUGGUCAUUGUCGGUUUAUUGGAGACCGCGUCCAUAGUUAUUUAUCGCAGAGGCCUUUAUUAUGUUGCGUGAUAUUUUUUUUUACUUCUUUCUAAAGAAAUGGAGGAGAUCAAGACAGAAUUGAACCGCGCGAGAACACGUAGCGCGAGGUUGAGGGAAGAAGUUAAAAUAACGAGGACGGAAUUAGAAAAAGAACGACAAAAUCACAAGAAAACUCUAAAGGAAUGCGAGGAACUAAAAAGUAUGAAUAAAAUGUUAAUGACAAAAGGAGAAGACGAUAAGAAACUCAUGGAAAGCAGACUUCAACAACUGAAGACAACAAUUGAAGAACUGGAAAAACAGGUAUUGGCUGAAAGAAGUGAAAAAGAAGUUUAUAUCGAGGAGACGGAGCGCUUACGGGGUUUGUGUGACCAGCUAGACGAAGCAAGGUCACGAACGGAGAAAGAGUUGUGCAAACUCAAGGAAACACUGGAUGAGAAAACAAAAGAAAACAAAGAGAUGGUCCGAAAGUUGUCAGACAACAACAACAAUAUUUUAAACGAAACAUUUCUUCACGAUGACCUUCACUCAAUUUCUCGCCAACGAGAAAUUGUCCUUUCUGAUCAAUCUCCAAUGAGGGUCCUCAAUCCUCUUUGUCUUACUGAGAAUGCAGUCUUGGAAAAGAACAGUAAAUUUUUGAAAAAUGGCGCAGACCUAGCGGUUGAGCUAGAAGAGACAAGAAAGGAUCUGGUUAGAGUGGUGAAAGAACACGAAGGAACAAAACGAAGAUGCGAGGAAUUAGAGAAACAACUCGAGGAAACUCUUGCUAGUAUGGAAACACAUCGAACAGCGAGCGUCCAUGACAGGGCCACUUCUCCCGGCGAGAUAGUGCAAUUUGAAUUUGAAGGUGAGUUUAGCACAGGGAGGAGAAAUGUUUCUUAAUAGAAGGAGAUGACUCAAUCAUAAUUGAAAAAGAAAGAAACAACGAAUCAAAAAACACACACACACGAAAUUGAAGGGACGAAACCUCCCUACCAGUCCCUGUAUGGCGUUUUCUCCGGCCUUCUAGGCCAAUGCGAUUCGGUCGCCUAGCCGUUACGAACGGCAGGACCAAUGUGACCCGAAAUGCAUGCCAUGGGCCGCGGUUAACCGAUAGGCGUAAAACGGCCAAAAAUUUAGUCGAUAGCCGUAAAAAUUGAAAAAUUUUAACCGUUAGCCGUAAAUAGAGUAAAAAAGAGUUAACCGUAAAAGAAACUGUUCCUUAGAUUUGCUACUUUUAAGGAAGGUACUAAACUCACUUAUGGUUGCGUUUUUUAUUUCCCGCCUAGUGUGGCUCCGUACGCACGUUAGGUAAAGCGCCUUUUAGGUGUUGACCAAGACUUUGGCUCCAUUUCGGCCACUCUCUCGAGGAACUAAUUUUUUCCAUAGCGAAAGUGUGGCUUCUUGCUGGGAAUUAAUAUUUGCGAUUUUCAGGAGGUCGUGCCCUCAAAACACUAGUGAAACAACACGAAGAGAUGUCACUGUUUGUAAAACACGUUGCCGAUAAACAACAUUUCCCUGUUUUUCUCUGACGCUACGGUAGACAUUGCCAUGCCUAGUCCCUGUACGGCGUCUUCCCACGCAAUCUCGGUCAAGGCAUUUCGGUGGCAAACUCGCUAGGACCACGUGACCCGAAACACAUUAGCUGCGCGGAAUAAUGAGGCCUACGGACAAGGCAACGGCAGACAGUCGUUCCGUACAGUCCUUCGCUGUCAUUCAAAAACACUGGACACGGGAAUAUUGUUAUUGGCCGUUUUCACGCUAGAGCUAGAGAUGGAUUAUCCGUCUGAGACUAGCCUGUGUACAGUCGCGCCCUCCCCACAGUCAACCCUUCGCCGCUUUUUCUGAGGGGGGUGCUCUACACAGGCUAUCUGGAACGGAUAUUCCCGUCUGGAAACUGUCCGUCGAAAUUGACGGGUAAGGUCAGGCGGAUUGUUCAUUCAAAAUUAAAACUAUUCCAGUUUCAAAUUAAGAAGUAUUACCUAUCUGACACGAAUCAUCAAACGGGUAACCCGUCUCACACGAGUAAUACGUCUCUAGUGUGAACACGGCCAUUUCUGUUAUAAUGAAUGUCGCGCCCCGGCCUUGAGUUGGACGUUUGCGUGUUCGCUUUUGCUUUUUCACAAGAUUAUUUUUAAUUUGACUAUUGACAUUUCUAUGUGUAAAAUAAUAUUAGAAGUGAAAUACUUUAUAAAAAGUAUGAUCUAUCAAAUGUUAAAGUUUUUCAAAAGAACAGUCUGUUUCAUCCCGAGAUGAUCCGAAGACCUUUAUUUCGAUUUAAAGAUAGAAAAAUACAGGUUAAUUAAUAUUUAACUUUUUGAAACAAAAGAAGUUAAUUUUUAACUUCUUUGUUAACCGUAACUGAAAAAAAUUAACCGAUAGCCGUAAAAGAGCCAAAAUUUUAGCCGAUAACCGUAAAAGCCACCACCCCAUUGAGACCCUCUUAAGCAGGUUUUAUAUGUAGAGGAAAAUGCGUGAAAUUGGGGUGGCCGUUUUUUUUCCUUUGGUUUACUUGCGAAAAAUCAGUCCACUUUUCUAUGCUUUUCAUUUGUGGCUAUCAUAUUAGAAAACAUAUUCACCACAAAAAAACAAAUAACAGUGCUAGAACACCAACCAGUUCCAACACCAUUGUGAAAAUGUCAAAUCAAAAGUUAAGGAGCGUGGGUCCUGAAACUGUCAAUGGUGUUAGCAUAAAAAACGAUGUUAUAAGUUGUUGUUAUUUCUUUGCAGAGGGGCUGAACUGCUCGCGUUGUGACGAACGUGAGGAAGAAUGUAACUUGCUGCGAACUGAAAAAGACCUAAUCAAAGCAAAAAAAGAAAAGUUGGAGGACGAAAAUAAGCAAAUAAACAGCCGCAUCAGAAUAUUGGGGGACGAACAUAUGCGAGAAAGGCAAACAUUUCAAAAGGAAUUGCAAAGCAUGAAGGAAGAACAUGAAACUUUAUCACGAGACUUUGAGAAAGAACUGCAAAAAAUGCUUUGUGGAGUAAAAGAACAGCAGUUACAGGAAAUGAAAAAUCUACAAGUGCAGAACGAAGAACUAAAAGAACAAAUAAAUAAACACAAAUCUGAAGUUCAUAAAAUAAGGACGGAACUGAGUAGGGAAAAAUCACAAGUCGAGAAACACCAAGAAGAUUUCCUUAAAGUAAAGAAAAAUUUGUCUCGUGAAAAGAAGAAGGUAAAAGAAGUGAAAGAAGAACUGUUGGUUGAAAACAAGGCAAAAAAAGACGCGUUAAAGGAAGUGGAAAAAUUGAUGAGGGAACUAAGCAAUCAGGAAGCGGACAAACGUGAAGAUAUUACACGACUCCGCGAGGUCGCAAACGUGGAACGCGUCAGGUGCGACACUUUGAAAGAAGAAAUUCAAAGGUUGCGGAGUAUGCCAGGCCGUAAGUUUGCAGUUCUGUUUAUAGAUUUGUUCGGCUAGGAUAGGUUUGAUUAACAGCCGCUGAUUGGGAAAGGAGCCCGCGCGCCUCCCUUCUCUUCUUGGUGCGGAAUUAGACCGGACCCGAAAGAGCGCGGCGGAAAUUGAGCCUAAGGACGUCUCAGAAUGCAAAUUAGGGCGCAUUGUAUUCCACCGCAAUUACUCGUCCCACUUCAUGACCCCAAAUUAGCACUUGUUGGGCAGCCUUAGUAUGGCCAACAAGCAAACGUUUGAGGACCCUCUUGCUUGUUUCGACUUUUGCUCUGGCUACUUGCGAUUCAAAAAAGCACUUCUGUGAGAAGGCCAGACGAAGGUAAGACGACGCAAGUUCGAGAUUUUGUGUGUACUGUCUUCUGCUCCCUUAGUGCAUCAUAUGCCCCCCCCCCCACCCCCCAAGAGAAACAAAAUAUUGUUAUAGUGAGUUUCGUGUAAAACAAACAAUAUAAUUAUGCCGUGGGGUGAUUUUUGAAUCCCAUCUGGACAAGGAUUCAUGUGAACGUUUGAUGUACCAUUUGAUCCGUGUGUCCCUGGAUCCGCAUUAAAUCCCGGUUAUCCCUAAAGAAUGAAUGUAAUCUGACCCAUUGCAGGAACAGACCUCGGUGAAUGCUCCUUAUUUUAUCUAUAUUAGCUUGGAAAAAAAAUGGCUGAUGUAGAUCCUUUUUUCGUUUUCAAUGAACACAGGCGUAUUAAACUACAGAAAAGAUUUCGACAGACACGGCGUUCUCUAUGCCCUGGGAACAAACUUUGGUACAACUCCAUGGGUGAACCCAGGUGGUAACAGCGCCUCUCCGACAAGAAUAAUCGCCACGCGCUCUUCUGACGAGCAGGGUGACGCAAAUGAUCUGCUUGAAAAUCGCAGAGGGAGCUUAAGUGGAACAAGGGACGAAGACAAAUCAUGGUGGUGUGUAGAUUUGACGGAAAAAUACGCUAUAUAUCUCACCCACUACUCCCUGCGACAUGGGAGAGACAAUGGAAUGUCAAUCAUUCGUAAUUGGCGCCUAGAAGGGUCGCUUGAUGGACGUAUUUGGAAGACACUAAAAAAGCAUGACAAUGAUCGCGGGCUUAAGGAUCCUUUCCCUUACUACACAGCCACAUGGCCAGUUGACGGAGAACUGGGGGCCUUUCGGUAUUUUAAAAUUUUUCAGACGGGCAAGAAUUCCUCAGGGAGAUUUAGUAUUUUUCUUUCCGGUAUUGAAUUGUACGGAAUACUAAUAGACGUAGGCAGUUAA